GAAUAGCUUUUCGUGCGUCAGAGUUGCGUCACUGUUUCUUCGAUUUAUCGUUGGCUUCAAGUUAAGGGAAACAUAAUUGUUCCUCCAAAUACAGGAGCUGCAAUGAUUGAUAGAUGAAUCAAUUUGUGGUAAAUACUUCCUUUUUAAAUUCAAAGCUCGAAAAAAAUUUCCUCCUUUAAUGUUUGCGGCUCUGCUCUUAAUUAUGGUUUCCGUAGAGGGUUUAUGAUCUUUUAAGUGGAAGUUUCCUGAAGAACACCGACAGAUUUUGGAAUCUGAUGUUCUGUGUAUGUGAGAUCUCUCCGGAAAAGUUGAUGGGUUUAGGGCUUUGUGGAAAGAAGUAGCGAUUCUUUUUUUUCUUCCUCCAUUGGUAGAAAGUGUAGGGUUUUUUGUUUGUUGAGUUAUAUAGUUUAUGGUCGAUGAAGAAGAAGAUGAUUGGGAGUCCAGGAACAAUGAGUGGGUUGAUAUUGAGGUUAGGGCAGUGUGCGACUGCUGCUGCUUCCAUCGGUGUUAUGGUUUCUGCUCCUGGCUUCUCUAGCUACACUGCUUUCUGCUUCUUAGUUGCAUCAAUGGGUCUUCAAAUGAUUUGGAGCUUUGGACUUGCGUGUCUUGACGUAUAUGCAAUAAGACGAAGAAGCGACUUACAAAGCCCCGUCUUAUUGAGCCUCUUCGCAGUUGGUGAUUGGGUCACUGCACUUCUCUCUCUUGCAGCUGCGUGUUCAUCUGCAGGAGUUACGGUUUUAUUCACAAAAGACACUGUAUUUUGCAAGCAGGCCUCUCUCUCUUGCAAUUGGUUUCAGUUUUCUGUCGCUUUAGCUUUCUUCAAUUGGGUUUUGGCUGCUAUAUCGUCUCAUGCAAUGUUUUGGAUCUUGAUAUGACAUUGAAGUUGAACACACAACCCACCCCCCCUUUACAAAGAUCCGUUUCUAUGAA